UAACAAUUUAUCACACGAUCUACGGAUCUAGUACUAUAAUUUAACUUUUAGCAUAUUCGAGUCAUAAUCCAAAAAGACCAAAAAAGAAAGAAAGACAAAGAUGUGCGAACAAAGUCCAGCUCCAGUCUCUGAUCCUUACGCUUAUCUUCAAAUCGUAAAGAAUCCAGAUGAUUCAAUCACUCGCGACCUCACCAACUUCCCAUGCGCCGCAGCAACACCUGAUCCUUCCCCGCAAAACCCCGCCGUUUCAAAAGAUCUCCCCGUGAACCAGUCAAAGUCAACGUGGCUCCGUCUCUACGUUCCCUCCUCCGCCUUAAACGACGGCGUUUCGUCUCAGAAACUCCCAGUCGUUGUGUAUUACCACGGCGGGGGAUUCAUCAUGUGCAGCGUUGACUUUCAAGUCUUCCACGAUUUCUGUUCCGAGAUGGCGCGCGAUCUCAACGCCAUCGUCGUGUCUCCUUCUUACCGGUUAGCUCCUGAGCACCGGUUACCGGCGGCGUACGACGACGGUACGGAGGCGCUGGAGUGGAUCAAAAACUCCGACGACGAGUGGAUCAAAUCUCACGCCGAUCUCUCAAAUGUGUUCCUCAUGGGAACUAGCGCCGGAGGGAACUUGGCCUACAACGUCGGGCUAAGAUCCGCCGCCGAUUCCGUAUCUGAUCUGAGUCCGUUACAGAUCCGUGGACUGAUCCUACACCACCCGUUCUUUGGCGGGAAAGAGCGAUGCGGAUCUGAGAUCAGACUUGCAAACGAUCAGGUUUGCCCUCCCAUAGUCACCGACGUCAUGUGGGAACUGUGUCUUCCCGUCGGCGUUGACCGGGAUCACGAGUAUUCGGAUCCGACGGUGGGAGAUGGACAUGAGAAUCUGGAGAAGAUCGGACGGUUGGGAUGGAAAGUGAUGGUGAUUGGAGGAGAACUAGAUCCGAUGGUAGAUCGGCAGAGAUAUGUGGCGAAGCUGAUGAAGAAGAAGGGAGUCGACGUGGUGGAGCAAUUUACCAGUGGCGAUGUUCACGGUGCUGAGGUCAUGGAUCCUUCAAAGCGUAAAACUCUGUUUGUUUCCAUUGGAAGUUUCAUUUCUUCUUCGAGAUGAGUGACGUCGCAAGUGUUUUUUUUUUUAAGAGUUAAAAAAACAAACUCAAGACAAAGAUUGUGAUUAGUUAUGUUUGGGAGAAGUAAACACUAUUAAAUAUGUGUCGCAGUCUCUACAUAGUUUGAAAAUGUGUAAACUCUGCAAUAAGGAAACUUUUCGAAUA